UUUAUUUGAAGUUCGUUUUUUUUACACCGACCUAUUUCUUAUUUUGUUUUUACUUAUAUGUUUCACUCAUACGUUUUAUAUUUUAUAAAACUGAAUUGUCUGAAGAGUAUUUAACGCACAACAAUUUUCUAUAUCAUUCAAUACAUUCAGUUUACAUUAAUAAGGAAGUAGCAUACUCCAUUGCUGUGUACGUUGAAAUUUGAUACUAUGGCGAUCAGUGACUUUAAAAUAGCUGUGGUUUGUUCAAGUAAUAUGAAUCGAAGUAUGGAAGCUCAUGCUUUUUUAAGUAAAAAAGGUUUCAACGUUCGAUCAUUUGGAACUGGGGACAAGGUGAAGUUACCCGGAACAGCGCAGGAAAAACCAAAUAUAUAUGACUUUGGAUGUUCUUAUGAUGACAUUUAUAAAGAUCUGUACAAUAAAGACAAAACAUAUUACACGCAAAAUGGUUUGUUGAAUAUGCUGGAUAGAAAUCGGCGGAUAAAGCAGCAUCCAGAAAGAUUUCAAGAAUGCAAUGAACAAUUUACUGUAGUCAUUACAUGUGAAGAGAGAGUGUAUGAUCAAGUACUUGAGUAUUUUGAAAAUAUUCUAAGUUUUGGCAAUAGGCCAGUUCAUGUUAUUAACAUAAACAUUCAAGACAAUCAUGAAGAAGCAACGAUUGGAGCAUUUUUAAUUUGUGAACUUGUUACUUUGUUGUCCAGAAGUGAAGAUCUUGACAACGAUAUAGAUCAAUUAGUUGUUAAAUAUGAAGAAAAAUGUCAAAGGUCAUUAUUCAACUGUGUACUUUUCUAUUAAAUAUUAAGUUAUAAAAUAAAAUUUAAAUUGUAAAUACCAUAUUAA